CAUACCCAAGGCAAUUUCUUGGCAUACUGUGUUCAGUGUUUCGUCCUCCUUAAAAGCAUCGAGGAAUCUUUCCUUAAAAACGUUAGUUCAUUGGGGAUUCGAUCAUAGCGCCUCUAAUGGUACCGAUCCGUAAUGUAGUGGAUAAGAUGGACGAAAAUGGCAUGUGAGGUGUUGUUAAAUUUCAGUGAAAUGUUUGGUUACACCAGCCACCUAGGAUGGGAGGCUGCAUAGGUAUAACAAGGGCAAGAAACGCCUCUGUCGACGAUACAACAGGAAAUUCCACGAGAGUAAAUUCAGGAAAUUCAAGAAAAAAUCACCCACUAUGCCAUGAGGUAAUUAGGUGGAAGUCAGAUGUACCUUUGACAGAAGGACAAUUGAGAAGUAAAAGAGAUGAAUUUUGGGAUACUGCACCAGCUUUCGAUGGGCGCAAAGAGAUAUGGGAUGCACUGAGAGCUGGUGCAACAGCAGCAGAAGCACAGGAUUAUCAGCUGGCACAGGCUAUAUUAGAUGGAGCUAAUAUUUCUGUGCCAAAUGGCUUCUUAACAGAAUGUUACGAUGAAUUGGGUACCAGAUAUCAAGUCCCUAUUUAUUGCUUAUCAUAUCCAAUUAAUAUUGUUAAAGAAGAUAGUGGAAGAGACUCUCCUGCCGACUGUUCAGAACCUGUAGAUAGUGGAAUUGAACAGACGUUGAAGCUCAGAUUAUCAACCACCUUAGGAGAAGUGAAAUUGCCUGUUUAUAGUAAAGACACGUUUGCCACUGCUAAAAAGAAGUUACAGAGUCAAGAAGGUUUAGAACCAUCCCGCCAAAGGUGGUUUUUCGGUGGGAAGUUAUUAGGUGAUAAAAUGCAUAUAGAAGAAGCGAAAAUACAACCGGGCUAUGUAAUACAAGUAAUUGUGAAUCCAGAAAAAUCAGACGACAGCCCAGUGAAAACGAGUUGAACUUAAUAUACGGGAUGCGCGUCACGCUGAAAUCAUGUUUCUUUGAUAAGCAUGUUCUUACAUGCAUACAAAGUAAGAGUACACGUUUCUUUUUUUAAUUUUGUAUCAUGUCAUUGUUAAGUACGGAGCAGCAAUUCUUAAAGUGAUUUUUUUACAAUAAAACGCACUUGAAAUAUAACUUUCAUAACACGCUUACAUGUCAAUAGGAAUUAAACGAUGUUGCGUUUAAAUUGUGGGGUUGUGAUUAUUUAAUUUUUUUUUGUUAAUUUAUAAACUAGACCAAAAAAAAAGAUAUAGUGCUAACUAUAUACAAGAAUCAACUGUUGAAGAAUUCUUAUAAAUAUUUAAAAUUGGAGAAACUUGUAAAGUGAAAAACGUGAUUGGUAUUAAGAUAACGUUUGUCUCGUGGCGAAAAUAUUCAUAUACUUAUUUGUUACUACCAACGAAGGUGCUGGUGCUGUAACACUUCAGAAACUAAGUAUACAUGUAGAAAAGUAUUCUAUGCUGCUUAUUAAACCAUGUUGCAUAAUUAUAGACGAUGCAAGAAUUGAAUCACACUUAAAAAAAAAGAUCAUACUAAUAAUAACAAUAAUAAUAGGAGAACUACGUAAACAUUAUAAAAAUACAAUGGACAAUAGAACAAAAAGGAACAAGGUAUAUGCUGCUUAUUGUAAUGCAUUUUUUCCUCACUUCUUGUAGAUUCCAUUUUAAAAGUCUGUUCAAUUUUUAAUUGACAAUUAUAAUUUUUCCAAGAUUAAAUUAUCAACAGUUUUUCCUCGGUGCAUAAUACAUGCAAUUUAUACUUCUGUCUUUACGAAAUUCGUGAGAAACUUUUGUAAACCUACCCACAACGUUUACGAAACAUUGAAUUACUUGAUAAAAGUACACGUUUGGCCUAGUAGUGGCCUAAGAUCUAUGAUUCCUUCCUACAAGUACUAAUAAGGUAUGACGUAAGGUCUACACAGCUAAAUGAUGCACAGGAAAAAAUGUAAGACUAAUUAAUUAAAUUGCAUGUGGAGCAGAACGUAUAAUUUUUUAUACAAGUUUACUAGCACAAUCACUAUUACACGUGUUAUUCGUGCUUAAGAUAAAACGGUGAACACAUUGAAAUCAAUAUUACUAAUUCAAUUUUUCAUAGCACUUGAAUUUUUACUUCUGCUCUACAUGUCGCAUGGAAGACAGAAAAUUAUAUAAGGCAUAAUUAUUUAAAAAAAUGACAUAUUAUGCGUGUGAAUUUAUUGACUUUACUAACACAACAGUGAUAAAGUUUGUUUUUCAUAUGCAUUGAUCAUAUAAAAAUUAUAAUAUGUAUAGUACUGCGUGUGCGUGUAUGUAUAAUACGUAAUACAUAAAAUGUGUAUGUAUACAGAUACGUUGGUCCUGCUAUUCUCGAUUUGAGUGUCAAAACAAAAAUAUAUUUAAUCUUAUAAGCAACUUGAUUAUAAAAUUGGAUAUUGCGUACGAACUCUAUAACGAUAAAAAUGACUGGAAGCAAUCGUUAGACGUACAUACAUACAUAUGGACAUAAACGUUCAUACGAAAGAUAUGAAAUUUUAUGUUUACUUGAAACGUUUUGCAUUUCUUUGAUAUCCACUAUAUUGAAGCAGUGCAAAUAGACGUAUUGUUUCAGAUCUGUGAAUUUAACAGCUGUACGUGUACUAUCCGUUCAAGUGUUAACUAAUUGUGUUCAAAAACUAGCACUCCUUUAUGCAAACAAACAAAUCUUCUUGUACAAUAAUUUGUAAUAUGAUAUAUACGAACAACUAAUGAAGGAUGUAUUUUUGUUUGUCUGAUUAUAUUCAAGUGACAUUGUCCAAAGUAUGUUGGACGAUGUUUAGCCUAAAGCACGAUGUGCGGCUAAUAAUAAUUAAGUUGAAAAAUACAGAGAGAGGGUAAUGGCAUUUAUGGAUAGAUAUUCUCUUUACCAGAGUAACUAAGACGUAAGAUUCUUAAUAUAAAUUCCAUCAGACUGAUGUUAGUUUCCUGACGUUAAGAUUCGAAUUAUCCGCAAUAUAUACUGAAAGAGACUGCAUUUUAAGUUCUUUUUAAUUGAUUUAUCAAACGAUACAAGAAGAUUAUUUUUGUGUAUAGUAUCAGUUAAAUUGUAUACUUCUCACGCAUAUAUAUUACAUAUAUACGAAGAUUUUAAUAUAAAUGUUGUGUUCUUUUUAAGUGAUACAGUUUGUAUUUGUGUGAGUGACAAAAUACAUUUUCCUCUAAUACUCAUGCCCGUGUAAUGUUGAGCAAAAAAAUGUGAUGCGGCGCCAUUUGCCAUAUAAAAGGAAAUUAAAUGAAAAUACGAUAAAUGUAAAUAAAAAAACGGAAGAGUUACAAUAACGAAAGUGCAAUUCAGGACGCCUAUUAAAUAUUGCUAUUGCUUAGUAUUAAUAACGCUAUGUUGGACCAAUGCAUACAAAAGCGUUUCCAAACGAAAAGAAAUAUAAAAAUUAAAGGACGACUGAUCGGAGAUAAGGUAGAAGAACUGCCAAUAAAAGUAAAUCUGAAUUCACUGUAUUGCUAAUCGGAAGUUGGAAGAAACUUUUUCAGAUGUUAACAAAACUAUUAUUAUAUAAUUAGAUAGCAAUUAAUGAUUAUAGGCAGGGUUUACUGUUGUAUAAUUGCGUGUAGUACUUCGAGGUCGCGAAAUUCCGGAUCAGAUUAUGUAACGCAAUAGGGAAAGGAAUUAAAGAUGAAAUUAGCACAUAAACAGCAGCGUUUUUUCAAACUUGAAUUUAACCUUAUGAAUUGUAUAUGAACUAAUGUGUAUGAAUUCAUUGCCUAUGAUCGACUAAGCGAACUUGUUAUUAACGAAUUUAUUAUAAGCGCUCAUUUAUAAAAUUAUUCUAUCGAUGGA